AUGGAAGUGGAGGAGGAGGCGGAAGCGGUGGAAGUGGGGGAGGUGGAAGUGGAAGGAGUUCGUGCUGCUGCUGUGAUUGCGGAUGCCGUCAGCAUCGGAAUAGAACGAAGCAUUCUACUGAAGAGAGUGACGAAGAAUCCUCAUCUGCCGAAUGGGACUCGCGAGAGCGGCAUGGAUGUGAAUGCAGAGGACGGGAUGAAUGCGGAUGUCAGCAGGAACGGUGCAGAAACGAUUGCUCCCCCAGAUGUGGAAACAAUUGUUCGUCUGGUUGCCACCAGGACUGCUCCUCUGAACGUCGAAGCUGUGGAUGCCAAGAUAGAGGAUGUGGAUGUCCAGGUCAACGUGGUCAUCGAGACUUCCGACAAAAAGGAUGCCGGGUGAGAUCUUCUUCAAGAUGUUGCUGUUGUCCUCGUCGCCGAUGCUAUACGACCACAACCACAACCACGACGACAACGACAACAACUCCUGAGCCAACCACCACGACGACAACAGAAGAACCAACUACUACAACUGCGCAAUUACCGACAACUUCGGAAAUGGAGACAUCCACUGAAAUGACUAGUACGCCCGAGUCAACUACCGAAUCAGAAUUAUCAACGACGACUGAGAUGAGCACAACAAUGGAAGGAACCACAUCCGAAAUGGCUACGACGACGGAAGAAAUGGAAACUACGGCAGUUGGAAUGACGUCUACUACAGAAGAGGUGACUUCCACUGAAAUGAGCACGGCAACCACUGAACUAACAACUGAGAGCCUUACGUCAACGGUAACAGUUCCCAUGGAAUCGACAACGACGGAGAUGAGUACAACAAUGGAAGGAACCACAUCCGAAAUGGCUACGACGACGGAAGAAAUGGAAACUACGGCAGUUGGAAUGACGUCUACUACAGAAGAGGUGACUUCCACUGAAAUGAGCACGGCAACCACUGAACUAACAACUGAGAGCCUUACGUCAACGGUAACAGUUCCCAUGGAAUCGACAACGACGGAGAUGAGUACAACAAUGGAAGGAACCACAUCCGAAAUGGCUACGACGACGGAAGAAAUGGAAACUACGGCAGUUGGAAUGACGUCUACUACAGAAGAUGUGACUUCCACUGAAAUGAGCACGGUGACCACUGAACUAACAACUGAGAGCCUUACGUCAACGGUAACAGUUCCCAUGGAAUCCACAACGACGGAGAUGAGUACAACGACGACUUCAUCUUCUGAAUUGACCACGACAACUGGAACAGAUUCCUUAACUACGACAGAAGCAACGCAGACCGAAGGAACUACGGAAAUGCCGACACAAACUGCAUUCACUGCGCCGGAACAAGAAACAACGAGCGAGCAGACGACGUCAACCACGGAGAUAAGUACUGUUUUGCUGUCAACGAUUUCCGAAGCGAGCACGACGACAGCAUCAGAAUGGGAAUCGUCUACGACGGCGGCUGCGAUGACAACUGAAAUGACGACAUCCACAGAGCUGAUAGAAAGCACAGGAGUGACUCAACCAACAACAACUGCACAUGUUGUGACAACAUCAAUGAUGGGAACGACGGCUUCAUGGACAGAGGUGACAACGACAACAGAUGAAUCUUUUGAAUUGACGACUGACGUGCCGACGACUACAGAAAUGGAAACAUCUACAGUGGUUAUCACGGAUUCAACAUCGUUUACGGACGCAUCAACUGAAACGGAACCAACGCCUUCUGACACGGAGACAACUGCGGAGAUAUCAACCUCAACAAUGGCAACGGAAGAAACAACAAUAGCCGAAACGGAAACUACUGAAACGAUCGAGAUAUUGACUAGUUCUUUGGAGAUCACAACAAUGGUGUCACCAGUCGAAUGGACAAGUGUCGUCUUCCAGAAUCCUGUUCAAGAUGGUUUGUUUUAACAGUGAUCUUUACUGAAUGAGGAUCACAUCUCAGAUUGCACUUCCUGCCAUCCACUCCAAUAUGACUCUCGUCUGUGCCCUAAAUCAGGAUUCACUUGCAAUCAGUCGCCCGGGUAGGCAUCCGUUUCUGAACCAUUUCUAUAAAUUAUCGAGCAGAUCACUCAUCUAUACAACUGUUUCCAACGGCUGCACAAGAGUACAAUGUUCCGAUCCGAACUCGGAAAUGAUAAGUUCAUUCGGACGACUGGAUUCCCUGCCGGUCUGUACUGGAACACACUACAGCACUCCAGAAAUAACGACAGUUGAGAGGGUAGUUUGUGCGAAGAGUGAGUUGGCAAAUCAGGAAAACGAAGAGGGACUGUUGUAGAGUGUUCCUGCUCGCUGACUAAAUUCAAUCCGAUCGUUCCGUUGGGGAUCUCCACGUCAGUCUUCCGAUCCGCUGGCACUCAACGAUGUUAUACGAGGUUCCCGGGCUGUCCGCGAGGAAUGUCCUUGAGGUUUCCAUUCAACACUUCCGCGUUCCCGAAUCAUUUAAUUGCAGAAUAGCCACUCCCGAUGGGUCUGUCGUUUUCUUCGAAGCGGAAGAAGCAUCUCGUUUGAGAUUGGAAUGCACAGAUGGAAAAUAUUUGAAGACGACAAUAGGGAAUCACACUAUGGCCGUUGACAGCUACACAUGUUUCGCUGGAGGUAUUACUUCUUGAAAAAGAGUUUAUCAUCUGAACAUCACAGGCUGUUCGUUGUGCACUUUCUCUGUUUCAUCUCCUCAAAUAAUUUCAUCGGUGACUUUCGACAACCAGGAAUUUUGCAAGAAACUGACUCUCCUCGGGUGUCCAAAUGGAUACGUGUGAGUCUUUUUCAGAAUGAUUCACUUCUCGCCCCGUGCCCACUCCCUCUGACUCAUUGUUUUCAGUAUUUCCGGAACGCGCGAUCGUCUUCCUUCUCAUUUGCACUGCGAACUCUUUCAGGGCACCGCUACGUGGCGGACAGGAUACAGAGAGUACGUCGAUCAUCUGGAAGUCUCCUGUGCGUGA